CAAACCCUCGAGCACGAUCAACAGACAGAGUCACCGGCUGCCUAUCGGUGUUUUAAAUUAGAGGAUUACACAAUAACAACAGAAAAGCUGAGCUCUCCGGACUUUGAUUGCGAUGGUCAUGAGCAAAUUGCAGGUUGUUGGCUGGUUUUUAUAGUACACAGAAAUAUAUUAUUGGCCCAGAUACGACUUGUCAUCGUCGGAAAGAUGCAUCAAGCGACUGGCGCAAAGCGUACUCUGAUUAGUCAACGGCUGCGAAUGGAAGCCGAGAUCAGCGUGCAGUAUAUAGAAUUCCUGCGAUGGGAGGGAAACGCAGGGACCUGAAGCGAUAACGACAGACGCUAUGCAGCACGCGCCUCUCGCUAACGGACGCCACACGUGGCUUGCGCGUAACAAUAGCUCUCUCUGACCACCCAAACGCGUCAUCUUCCAACAUCAACCAUUAUUACUGACAUGCGAUGCGACGGGUAGUAGUAACAGGCUUAGGGCUUGUAACCCCUCUUGGACUAGGUGUUCGACGAACCUGGAAGCGUCUGAUCGAUAGCCAGUGUGGCAUCGUUUCCAUCAAAGACAGAAGCCCUGAAUUCGCGCUGCUACCGAGCCAAGUCGCUGGUCUGGUUCCUCAGGGUAGCAAAAUCGAUGGCAAAUGGAAUACAAAGGAGCAUCUAAGCCACAGCGAUGAACGCCGUAUGGCACGCUUUGCACAAUAUGCCAUGGUGGCGUCCGAGGAAGCUCUCAAUGAUGCGGGAUGGUUUUCGAAGGAAGAGGCCGAUCUUGAAGUCACGGGAGUAUACAUGGGAUCUGGUAUCGGCAGUUUAGAUGACGUGUAUGAUACUACAGUUGCUUACGAAAAAGGCGGUUACCGAAAGGUGUCCCCGCUCUUUGUUCCGCGGCUGUUGAUCAACCUAGCCGCAGGUCACAUAUCGAUGCGUUAUGGAUUCAAGGGACCGAACCACGCGGCGACAACAGCAUGUACGACCGGAGCACAUAGCAUCGGAGACGCGUCACGUUUGAUUCAGUUCGGAGAUGCAGAUGUUAUGAUAGCCGGCGGAGCUGAAUCAUGCAUUCAUCCUCUCGCGAUAUCAGGCUUUGCUAGGGCUAGAAGCCUGGCUACUGAGUUCAAUGAUCGGCCCACGGAGUCAAGUCGACCAUUCGACCGAGAACGGGAUGGUUUUGUCAUUGGAGAAGGAGCCGGAGUUGUGGUUCUCGAGGAACUCGAGCACGCAAGGAAGCGAGGUGCGAACAUCUAUGCUGAAAUCGCCGGCUACGGACUGUCCAGCGACGCACACCACAUGACGGCACCUCGCGAAGAUGGCCAAGGCCCACGUCUCGCAAUGAAGCAUGCACUACGACACGCCGGCCUCAAGCCAAGCGCUGUUGACUACGUGAACGCCCAUGCGACGAGCACCCCACUGGGUGAUGCUGCGGAGAACCGAGCCAUCAAAGAGCUUCUGCUUGGCGAAGACGGAAAGGAUAGAGCUUGUGAAAUCAAUGUGAGCAGUACAAAAGGUGCGGUCGGACAUCUUCUGGGUGCUGCAGGGAGCGUUGAGACCAUUUUCACGAUUCUUGGGAUGCAUCAUAACAUCCUACCUCCGACUCUCAAUCUCCAGAAUCCAGGAGAUCCGGCGGUUGACUUUAACUGCAACUACGUCGCCAAUGCUGCUCAACAGCACAGAGUCAAUGUGGCUCUCUCGAAUAGCUUCGGUUUCGGUGGCACCAACGCAUCUUUAUGCUUCCGCAAAAUCUGAAAGCCGACGAUAGUUCACCAUAUGCGAUACAAGCUUCCGGUCGUCAAAACUUGAUGCCAAAGUUUUGUGGAUUCGCAGUCAUUAGUACACCAUGAUGCUAAUUACCCCGCCAGAGGGUCACGAUAACAGCUGCUAGCCCCACUUGGCGUCAUUUGCA